UUUAAAUGUGAGAAGACCGUUAUUUGACCCACCAAGUAGUGAUAUAUUUGUAUGUAUAGUAUAUGAAGGAGUAUUUACACUCAGCGUCAUUGAUGUCGUCGGAAUUUGUAUAGAAGAGUAUAGGGAAAUCUAAUGUAUAACCUUAAAAAAACUGGACGACAUUAAUGACGCUGACUGUACACCUAAUGUAUGGUAAAAAUAUAAAUGUCAAUUUUGGCAAGAAAUAAUAUUAACAAGUGUAUAAAAAAAUAGCUAAAAUGAGUCAUUUAAAAACAAGUCAAACGGAAAUGGAUAUUGAUGAAAAUAAUGUUAAUGCAUCACAGCAAACGACAAAUAAUACAUGUCGUGUUAUGGCAUCAUCAGGAACCGUUGGAUCGGUUUCUGUUAGUUUACACCCUUUAGUUAUUAUGAAUGUCAGCGAACAUUGGACGCGACUUGUAGCUCAAGAAGGCAGUGAACAAUUAGUAUAUGGAGCAUUAAUUGGCAAGCAAAAAGGUCGUCACAUCGAAAUAAUGAAUUCUUUUGAGCUGGUUUUCUCAAUCAUUGGUGGUGACGUUGUUAUUGAUAGAGAUUAUUAUAAUACCAAAGAGGAACAAUUCAAACAGGUCUUUAGUGAUAUGGAUUUUCUUGGAUGGUACACAACUGGUGAUGUACCUAAUGAAAGAGAUAUUGGAGUUCACAGACAAUUAGUCGUAAUAAAUGAAAGCCCAGUUCUUUUGAAAUUGGAUCCUCGACCUAAAAAUACAGAUCAAUUAUCAGUUUCGAUGUAUGAAUCAGUCAUUGAUUUAGUUGCUGGAGAAGCUACGAUGCUUUUUGUUCCAUUAAGUUUUACCCUCGCUACAGAAGAAGCUGAAAGGAUUGGAGUGGAUCAUGUUGCAAGAAUGUGUAGUAAUGAUCAAGGAGAAAAUUCUCUCGUUGCUAAACAUCUUAUGGCUCAACAUAGUGCUAUAAAAAUGCUCUACUCACGAGUAAAACUUGUGUUGAUGUAUGUACGGGCUGUUGAGUCAGGUGAAUUGCAACCCAAUCAUGAAAUUAUGAGGGCAGCGCGAUCAUUAGCUCAUCAUCUACCUGUUCUUGAUAGUGACAAAUUUAAAGCAGAUUUUUAUAAUCAAUGCAAUGAUUUUGGUCUAAUGACAUACCUUGGAAUCAUAACGAAAGGCUGCAAUGAUAUCAAUCAAUUUGUUAAUAAAUUUAAUAUUUUAUAUGAUCGUUCUGGCAUGGGAGGACCUGGUCACAUGAGACGUAUGCGCAGCUUAUUUUUCUAAAUUGCUCAUCAACGUCUUUUCUUUUUUUUUUUUUAUUAAAUUAA